AUGAAAAAUGGCUCUUUACCAGAAGAUUAUGACAAAUUAGCAGAGCCUUUAUAUAUAGAUAACAAAAAAGAUUUUGCAAGAGUUUUCUUUGCUGGAGAACACACAAUUAAACAAUAUCCAUCUUCAGUACACGGCGCUUUUCUUUCAGGACUUAGAGAGGCUGGAAGAAUAGCAGAUAUAUUUAUUGGUCCAUUAUCCCCUCUUGGAGGAGAAAUAAAUGAUGAAGGAAAUGAUGAAAAUAAUUGUAUUGAUGGACAGGGAAUAUUAGCAUUUGAAUGUCAAAAUCAAUUAAAUAUUAAAGAAAAUAAGCCUGGAAGUAGUAAUCAGAAUAACAAUAAUAAUCAGAAUAUUGCAGUUAAACGUGCAAAGGUAGAGGAGGGGGGGAUGUUUUUAAAAAAGAUUUUUUAA